CACACACAGACACAUUGUCUCUUUCUUUCUCUCUCUUUCUCUAACUCUCUUUCUCUCUCCCCUUCUCUUUGUCACACAAACACAGAGACAUACACACACCCAUAGCACAACAGUGCACACAUGCAUUCUCUUUGGACGUACUAACUAGAUGACAGAGGCAGCUGCGACUGAGAAGUGAAAGAGAUGGUCGCGAGAUGCUUUGAUGCUGGACUGCUCCUAACACUGUUCCUGUCUGUUGACCUCUCUGUGUGCUGGGAAGUCCGCUUGCCACAUGGCCCACUCCAUGCAGCGCCCAACUCCUCCGUAGUUCUCCCGUGCUCCUAUGACUUCCCGGAAAGAGACCAUUACAAGGUGACCUCAGAGAUGUGGUGCCUGGGAGAGAGUCAGUGCAUCACACAGAGAUACGUGUACCACAGCGCCGGGAUCUUUCCGGAGCCAGCGUACCAGGGCAGAGUGGAGUACCUGGGCAGGCUGGGAAGUGGAAACUGCUCCAUACGGAUCUCGGCACUCACAGCGUCUGAUAGUGGUGUCUACGUGUUUCGAUUCAUCACGGACCACCCGUUGGCCAAGCUUCCUGGUCAGAAGGGGAUUGCACUUGAAAUAUCAGUUGACCUCUCUGUGUCCUGGGAAGUCCGCUUGCCACAUGGCCCACUCCAUGCAGCGCCCAACUCCUCCGUAGUUCUCCCGUGCUCCUAUGACUUCCCGGAAAGAGACCGUUACAAGGUGACCUCAGAGAUGUGGUGCCUGGGAGAGAGUCAGUGCCUCACACAGAGAUACGUGUACCACAGCGCCGGGAUCUUUCCGGAGCCAGCGUACCAGGGCAGAGUGGAGUACCUGGGCAGGCUGGGAAGUGGAAACUGCUCCAUACGGAUAUCGGCACUCACAGCGUCUGAUAGUGGUGUCUACGUGUUUCGAUUCAUCACGGACCACCCACUGGCCAAGCUUCCCGGUCAGAAGGGGAUUGCACUUGAAAUAUCAGGGUCACCAUAUCCUCAUGAUAAAGACACAGAGAACGUCCAGGCAUCAAAGUGGAGCCUUAUGUUGUGGAUACUUGGCCUUCUGCUAGCAACGACAGUGGGUGCAGCAGCAGUGUUAUACUGCAUCAGGACCCGCAAAAGAUCAUAUCAGACAGUGAGCAUAAACAUGACAUGAAAACAAAAACUUGAAUAAAGCCUGAAAGAGGUGUUGAAGCAAUAUACAUAUUCAUCAUAAAUAUUACGAGAUUGCUGUGAAUUUGCUGCUAUUUGACAUUUGUGUGGAACCAUGGUAUAUCAGUGCAAUGCUUCAGAAAUACAGUACAAGCCAUCAUUCUCUUUCAGUUGUCCUGCUGAUACAUGACUUUGAUAUGUACAUACAGUAUUUAUGAAAACUGUUUAACUUGUUCAACUUUACAUUUUAGCACUGAAUUUUAUGCACAGCCGUGAGACUCUGAUGAUAUGUGUUUGCAUGCAGUAGCCUAUUUCAUUUAUUUUCUUUUUUUUAUGCAUCUAGUGUUCCUGUAUGCUCUAGGUAAAUAUAGUAUAAGUAUUCAUAAGUAUGUAUACUUAAGAAGUGUUUGUAAUGAUCCAUGGGCUGCAAUCGGAUUGGGACCCAGUACAAUGUAAUACCUAGAGUUGCCUUGAUUUGGUGACCCUUUUUUUCUUGCUCUCGUCGCUUUAAUAUUUGCUCUAAAGGGAUCAAGGGCAAAGUUCAAGCUGGGUCCUAUGCAGAACUUUGACACAUAUCUGUAUGUUGUUGUGGUGAGCUAAACUCAUCCACAAAGUGAAUAGAGUCUGGAUACACACAAUUGGGAAACCUUUCCAACGCUCAGAUUGCGAGGGGUGUAGACUUUGGGCAAACUUUGAAAUCCUUGGUCCGAUCUAAUCAAUCACAUUGAUUAAGAAUUCAUGUUACUUCCAACUUUGCCUCAGUCAGAAAACAAUGUAUGUGGCCCUACCUUUGCUGUAAAUAGAUUCACACAUUCUUUCCGACUGCAAUUUUUGAUGUUUGUAGGCAUUGGUACUACCGUUUACCACAGCCACUUUCAAUUUCAAAACUAUAUCGUUAUCCCCUUUCAUCGCUGAUUGGGCAGGCAGUCUACUGAGCAUUAGUGAAACUAUGUUGUUCCAGACUAGUAUCUUCCUGAAAGGAGAUCUAGGUGGGUGUGCCAAGCGAAUGUUACAGUGCUAUAUAUAAAUAAAAAUGAAAGUAACUGAAUUAAAAGGAAUUUCCCCCGAUGAAUCAA